AAUCAUAUGCAUUGACCAGAAAAAAGUUAAAAAAACAAACAAACCAAUUCUUUAAAUUGGAUUCAAUUCAUUGCCACCACAAACCUCAUUCCACUUUAUUCGUAACAAUUCUCUCUCAAGCCCUUUUUCUACCAUCACGCAACAGAGAUGGAAAACCAAAACAAGAACACGGCGAGAAAACCCAGAUUUUUGUGCCUUCAUGGCUUUCGAACAAGUGGAGACAUAAUGAAAAAACAGAUACAUAAGUGGCCACAAAAUGUUCUAGACAAACUCGAUCUUGUUUUCGCCGAUGCACCUUUUCCCUGCACAGGAAAAUCUGAUGUUGAGGGAAUUUUCGAUCCUCCUUAUUACGAGUGGUUCCAGUUCAACAAGGAAUUUACAGAGUACACCAACUUUGAUGAGUGUUUACGAUUCAUUGAGGAUUACAUGAUCAAACAUGGACCGUUCGAUGGUUUUCUUGGAUUCUCACAGGGGGCAAUAUUAUCAGGUGCACUGCCGGGUCUUCAGGAGAAGGGUGUGGCAUUGACGAAGGUUCCGAAAGUGAAGUUCCUUAUAAUAAUAGGAGGAGCUAAGUUUUUGGCACCUUCAGUGGCAGAGAAAGCAUAUUCUUCACCAAUUGGUUGCCCCUCUCUACAUUUUAUAGGAGAGAGUGAUUUUUUGAAGCAGCAUGGAAAAGACCUUAUAGAAUCAUGUGUUGAACCUGUAGUAAUUCAUCAUCCAAAAGGACACACAGUACCAAGAUUAGAUGAUAAAAGCUCGAAUGUCAUGAUAGACUUCAUCGAAAGAGUUCAAAAGGAUAUAUCUAAAACCAAGGAAUGAGUUACAAUGAGCUUAGUAUCUUAAAUUAAUUUUUUAAAUGAUAUUUUAUUUUAGAAUAAGUUUUUAGUUUUGAUACAUCUUUUACUUCUCUUAUGAUACUUUAUCUUUGAUACUAUCCAUUAUAUGAAGAGCUUUAUUUCAAAUA